AUGACCCACGUUGCCUUUUCGUGGGCCUUUGACACACACGACGCCACCACAGAGCAUCGUGCAUACCCUGCGCAAGGGGAGGGUAGCGUUCCCCAACAGGACCAUACGCUCGAAGGCCUUGCGACGUCGCUCGAUGAUGCCCGUGAGAAACUCAAUGAUAUCGUGACAUGCUGGAAAGAUGCUGUCGGCCCGGAACAGGACUCGCACAUGGGCCGCAGCAAUGCCGCUCAUGCUCAGGAUGACGAUGAGGACGAGGAAUAG